ACUAGUCAAUUGCACAAAAUAAUGUCGCAUUACUUUUGACACAAAUAUGGCUUUAAGUUUUAAAGUUAUAAAUUUAGUGAGACCACUUUAGACCUUGUGACGUCAACUUAGUUGACGUCUCUGCCGUUGCGUCGGGGGAAGACUGGCUGUCAGGCAUGAAGACAGAUCUUCUUUCCACCGUUGACGUAUGCUAUAAAAAGCUAGACUGAGAGUGCCUCGGAUGUUGAUCUAUUAUCGCUGAGGGGAAAUAAAGGGAGUUAAAUACUCGCAGAGAUGGAGUCUGGUGAGAAUAAGAGUAAGAUAUUGACAGAUGAAGAGAAGAAAUUCCGUGAAACACCCACCAUCAAACCUGACCAUAUUUACUGGCGGAAAAAACUGCCAAGGGGAUUUCAAUACUACAUGGAGCGGCUGAUGCGCGGAAUUGUUCGGGUCCAGCCCAGCAACAUACCAGCGUUUGCAGCCGUCUACUUGGAAGAACUCCUUGCGCAGAGAAACAAAGAGCUGGAGAAUCUUCCACAAAUAACAUAUCUACAAAGAAUUGAGAACAACAUGAAGCAACCAUGGUAUGGCCAAGAUCCAUUGCAUCGCACCACAGCUGUAAUGCAGACGUCAAGCACUCUGCUUCACAAAUACCUGAAACCAAGUGAAUAUUCUCAGACAGGGGAGUUGCCCAAAAGUGAGGGUAUUCAGGUUGACUUUCCCAAAGAAGAAGGUACUCAAACAGACACUUCUCAGGUCAACUGGAAUUUCUUGCAGUCCCCAGCUGAACGAAAAAGAGAUUUUCUAGGUGAGCACACUCAGACAUCUGGUAUCUGUUCAGCCAGGGAUACGCAGUCUUGCCAGACUCAAACCUGUCAGAGCGCCUGCAGUAAGACUAAUGAGAACAUGUCUGAGAAGACAUCCGAAAACAUUUCUGAGAACACUGCAGAGAAGAAGCCAGAGAUGUACCCAAGUGAUGACGUGUGCGAUCACAAGCCUAUGCGUUUUUACUGUCACCCUCCCCCAUAUCAUUCUUUUAUCAGACUUACAGGUUGUUCCUGUGCUCCUCCUCGACAGCCACACCUCAAUAACCAAUCUCAGAUGUCACAAAAUGCUUCAUCUUCAGGAGCACCUUACUCCCAAUCACAUCCUGUACAUCACUUUUGUCCAUGUGAUGCACCUCAAACCUUUGAUUACAACAAGAAUCAGAUGUUUUCUUCUCACCAGCCUGUACAGGAUUCGACUGGUACACAAGAUCAACAAUUUCACAUGGAAGCACUUGAGGAACUGUUCAUGGAAAGUGUGGGGACACACAUGCAUGCAGCAAGGAAAGACAGAAAUCACAAGGUAGGCCUUCAACAAACACAAUUUGAUUCUUCAAAUUCUUCAAAAAACUUUGUAUCAUUAGCACGAGAGUCGACAACAUAUAGGGUCCCUCAGUCUGAAGAGCCUGGCAGCCGGCUUUCAUCUCCCCCAUAUGUACGUCCGUCGAAGCGUGAUAUGGCUACAUCGUGCAGCCAGAUCACUUGGAGCGAGAGGAUUGAGCCACCUACCUCAAGGAGCCUCACUCCGUCUCCAGAAAUGAAGCAAUCGAGGCAAAAGAAACACUGUCGUCACCAUCAUCACCAUCAUCACCAUUGCCAGCAUCGUCAUAAGCGCGGCAAAUCCAAGCAACGGAAAAAGGAGACUGCACAAAGCCAAACCCAACCUGCACCUAUAUAUCCGGUUUAUCAAAUGCCUCCAUGGUUGCAACAACCUGUAGAUUUUUCUCCCCCUUUCACCUGGACACCAUUACAUACCUGUCAGCAGGUACCCGGAGUUUCUGCCCCAGUUCAGGUUUAUAAUCCAUUUCAUCCACUAGUCAUCCCUCCUGUUCAGGUGAACGUGGGAUAUCCUCCUUUUCCAGCGGCUUUACAAUCAGAAGUUACCUGCUGCUCAUGUGCUCGUAGAGCCUUGGAUGCUUUGCGGCCGUCAGGUCUUUGGAAAGAUACCAGAACAUGCCAUUUCUGUCAUCCAGGAUGCCAGACAAGGGAAGUGGCAACACAAAAUGAAGAUCUGACAAACAUAGAAACCGUUUCUCAUCGUGUGCAGCAAGUGAGCCAGAAGUCAGCUUCUACUUGUUGUUGUGGUCAUAAACAAACAACUUCCUUAGAAAUGAAAGAUGAACUGACCAUUUCUUAUCGAGUCACCACACCUGAGUCUGGGAAAGACUCACAUAUAUUGAGUUCAUGUACCACACAAAGCGAUCUUAAGAAGAUAAAGGCAGAAAUAAAAUCUUCCUACAGAUCUGUAUGUCUCCAGUGUUCCUCAGGAGACCCUGAUCAACCCUCGUCUUUGUGCUCGGAGUGUUCGGAGACAAUACGGCUAAUCAUGGGAGGGACGCCAAGUACCCCUAGCCCUGACGGGAAGCCAGAUCAGGUAGGAGAACCUUAUUUUUGUGCCGUAUGUAAAAAAGAUGAGAUGAAAAUAGAUUAUCUUCAGGAUGACUUCCUAGAUGAAAUUUGUCCUUUAAAAACAUCUUUUCAUAGCGUAGUAACGAUGCAAACAAAAACCGUUCCUGAGGUUCAGCUACAGAAAACCGAGACUGUUUUACAAACGUACGAUCUCAUAUCCUCCGAGAUCGUGGAUGGAAUGACAUCCCAAAAUUUGUCAGGAAUUCCACCACUGACAAUGAAGGCACCAUUAACAGUAAGACAGGAGGAUUAUCUUGAGUUUCACACACCUGUUGAGAAUAAAAUGAAGUUGGAAUCACAAACAGUUUUGGGGGUUCAAUUAGUAGAAUGUAAUCUGUUACGCGAAGAACAGCACACGUCGUUUGACUGGAUGAAGGAGUUACCACCAGAAAACAAUGUAAGCAUUCCACCAGAGACAUUGACGACCCCAUUUUUAGUCAGACACGAGGAGCAGCUUGAGUUUCACAUGCCUGUUGAGAACGAGAUGAAGAUGGAGCCACUAACAAUUAUCGAGAGUGAGCUGAUAGAACAAAGCGUUCUGCAACCUGAGUGCCACACGCCCGUUGAGACGUUGACGCAAGUGACAUCAGAGAAAAUUUCAAGGAUUCUACCUCAGGUAUCGAAGAUGGAGGCCCCAUUAUUAGUAAGACAUGAGGAGGAGCUUGAGAUUCACAUGCCUGUUGAGAAUGAGAUGAAUUUGGAGUUUAUAACAGUUACUGAUACUGAGUGGAAAGAACGGAAAGUUCUUCUACCAGAGCAUCGCACGACCGUUGAUACGCUGCAGCAACUGACAGUAGAAACUAUUUCUGAGGAUCCGCCUUCGAUGCUUGAGGCCCCAUUAUCAGUACAACUUGAAGAGCAUAUUGAGAUUUACGUUCCUGUUGAGAAUGAGGUAGAGCUGACCCCACUAACAAUUGUUGAGACUGUGUGGCAAGAGCAAACAGUUCAGCUAGAGGAUGUCCGCACGACCGUUGAUACAUUAAACAAUCUGACAUCAGAAAUUACUUCUGUGAUUCAGCCGCAGGUUAUGGAGUCCCCAUUAUCAGUAAGAUGCGAAGAGAGUAUUGACAUUCACAUGCCUGUUGAGGAUGAGAUAGAGUUGGAACCACUAACAAUUUUUGAGACUAUGUGGCAAGAACGAACAGUUCUGCCGCAGGAGGCCCACACGACCGUUAAUACUUUAAAGAACGUGAUAUUAGAAACUUCUGUCAUUCCGUCGCCAAAAUUGGAUACUACAUUAUUGAGACACGAGGAGCAUAUCGAGGUUUACUUGCCCGAGAAGGAGGAAGAGCUCUCUCAAGAAAACAUUACAGCGAUUAAGUCAAUGGAAAUAAAAGCUGCAUUAUCUUCAACACAGGAAGAUGGUAUUCAGUUUCAAAUUAUUGACGAGAGUGUCAUUACAGUGCAGCCGCAGACGAUACCGCAGCAGCGACUCAAAACGGAGACUACGUUUCAAGAGUUACAUUGCACACCCCUUGAAAUUGUGGAGACACGACAAGAAAUCGUAAGUCAGAUUGAACUACCGCAAGUGAAUAGGCCAAUAGUGAGAAGAGAGGAACAAAUCGUUGAAUUCCAUAUCCCUGUUGACGAAACGAAAAGCCUGAAGCCCAAGAUUCUGCCCGGUCAUUUGAAUUGCACGAUCGUUGAGAAUCUGACGCAAAUAAUAUCGGAGCAGGUUCCACCGUUGCAAAUGACGACCACAGUCGUGAGGACGGAGGAAGAAACCAUUACAACCCGUAGGCCAUCGCCCUCUCCAAUACAUAUACAAAUAGAAUCGGUACAUAAAUGCAUUCAAGUUGUGGAGGAGCAACCACCCGCUACUCCUCAUUUCUCAUUUCAGAGUGUUAACGAACUGUCGUUUACAGAUGACCACCAAACUCAAGUAAUAGAAUCGAGGACUACGGUAACUAAAAGGUCACAGUCACCUCAUUCUACCAAGUAUGGCUCGAGGACUAUAGCUAAAAGUGCACAAAAGAGACCUCCUCCAAAAGUUAAUCUUUCGUUCACUGUCACUUUAGAGGAAGAUACUGCUCCGCCGAAUGAAUUUCAAUUUGGGUCUGAAAAGUCUGGAACACAGAAAGUGUCGCAGUUUCAGAAAGCUCGCUUCAAGCAUAGCUAUGAUGAGAAGAGCAAGCCAUGUAUCCGGUCCCAUUGUCAAGCUGGACACACCAGCAGUAGUCGAUCUUUCGCCUCAUUCUCUCGCCUAUCAGCAUCCUCAGGAGCUUGUUCCACUAUAGCGAGCAGUGAUUUAUGCAUUAGCAAAGACUGGGAACAUGGUUCUGAGGGAGAGUCUAGUCCGAAUAGCUUGGAAAGCUGUGCAUGUAGCCAAGACACUUCGGACAGUUGCUCUUCAGACAGCCUAACCACAAAUUGUUCCCUUUGCCCUCCUGAUGGAAAGAACAGAAAGAGAAAUGCAAGCAUCUCGGCGUCUUCCCAGAUAUCCUUUGCCGUGUCUGUUAGCUGUUCUAGUGACAGAGCCAGCGUGGCACCUCGUUGAUGGCAUGUCGUAAUUUGAGACACGGACUGUCAUGGGUAGAAAACUUAAGUAACGUUUCUCAACACUGAAUUAAAGGUACAUGUAAAUUAA